AUGGCAGAGUCUUGUGUUGAUAGGUAUCGUUGUGACACAUAUUACCCCGGUUGGCUCAAUGGAAGUCACCCUACAUUAAACGAGGCGGCUGUUCAAAGAAGAGUGUGUUUCGGUUUUCACGGCCACUGCUGUAUCAAUUCGACUUACAUCAGAGUCCGUAACUGUGGAGGCUUCAACGUUUACCAGCUAAAGCCCUUAACUGUAUCGUACUCACGUUACUGUGGCAACGGAUAUGUAUCAUCGACACCAACGACGCCAGGUACACUUUUUCCUUCUUUUUUUUUUUUUUUUUUUUACAUCCUGAAAAGAACGCAUUAGGUAUUUACCGGUGAAACAAAUAAAGUACACACUGUUUACCGUCAUAUGGUGAAAAUGAACGCCAUUUUUUCUAGCGUAUGGCCACCCUUACUCCCCACAAAUAAACCCUCUAAUGAGAGAAUUAAUCAAACAGCCCUUAACGACAACUGUAUGGUUAAAAUAUUGGUUUUCCGUCCUGAAGUUUCUAAGUGAGCCUAAAAUGUUCAAUUUACACCCCUAAAAGAGGCUUCAACGGAGGGAAACAGCUUCCCGCACAGGACUAAGAAAUCAGCCCCAGACCACCUGAUUCUGAAAUUGUCUGCCUAUCUGGAGCUUACUACGAGUUUUUCUUAGUUUUUCCUAUUUUGCACUUUACAAUUGUGCCAAACAUAGAAAAUACGCUCUUGGCUGAAGCGCUGACGAAAACUGCUAAAAACAUAAUAUAGAGAGGAUAUUACAUGGCCGCGCGGAGAUAUGAAAUUUCUCUUCGAGUGUUGAAAAAUCUUUCACGAGUGAGCGCAGCGAACGAGUGAAAUAUUUUUUUCAACACGAGAAGAGAAAUUUUGUAUCUCCAAGCGACCAUGUAAUGUUCUAUUUAUUAUACAAAAACCAAUGAAAUACCAAACCAUUUUACUUAAUUAGUUUUUGGUCUGAAAGGUGUGGUUUAUUAUGAAGCCUUAGCAGCGGUGAUAUUUUCACAUGUGAAGAUAACUUAUUAUUUUCACAUGUGAAGAUAUCAAGGUUUUGCGCGAAAGCUCACUUGAUAUUUCAUUGGUGUUUAAUGCGUUCGAGGUACGAGAACGCAACCCCUAAUUUGUGUUUGUAGCUCGGCGGCCGUUGUGUCACAACGUAAAUCUACCGAGUUGUGUAGCUUGGCAGCCGUUGUGCCACAAAGUAAAUCUACCGAGAUGUGAAGCUCGGCGGCGCCAUAGUUUGAUCAUGACUUGUGAUAUUUUCCGCACCGGACAAAGGAACACUUUAACUCUAUGUUAUUUAUUAGGAAAAACUUAUAAACCAGCCCAGAGUAGCGCCACUCUCGAGUUACUGAAAUCAACACGCACGCUCGACCAAAUUACUGGAAAAGUUAUUUUUACGUGAGCCGCACACACAUUCCAUUGAAGGCCCUGACAGGGGUAGUGCGAAGUUUGAAUUCAGAUGUGAAAGCUUUUAAAACAGUAAAUUUCAUUUAAUUCAUUUUGUCAACAAGUUGAUGAUUGGAUGCUCUUAAAAAAAAAAAAAAACAGAGAAAAUUAUCCGAAGAAAUGUUUUUGAGGAAAGAAAAAGAAUCCCGGGUUAAGCACAAAUCAGCCUUUGAGCAACUGCGCCCUGUAAUCGCGCCAGUAAAACAAAAUGUUCUAUUUACACGCCCGACGCCGGCCAAUGUCUCCUCCGAUUACAAGCACUUGACACUGAACCAUACGAUAUCUUUUCAAAACCUUCUUAUAAUGAUACACAGUUUAAAUAGAGGUUUCGCACUACGCAACCCUUACGUUCAAAAUAUGCCAUAAUCAUAUUUAUCUAUAUCGCGACCACCCUUCCCCCUCAACUGCUACCUGUACGCCUAACGAACAUAUCGAACACAAUCUCCUAAGCUCCGAUUACUCCUAGUAUAAGAAAUAGAGAAUAUUACAUGGCCGCGCGGGGAUACGAAUUUUAUCUUCGAGUGCUAAAAGUAUGUAAGGUAGAUACUUUCAGCACUCGACGAUAAAAUUCGUAUCCCCAAGCGGCCAUGUUAAUGUUUUGUUUAUUUUACAGAUACUGAUGAAUUUCCUACAUAAAACAAAACUUUUUUUUUUAUUCAUUUUCGAAACAGCAAAAUAGUGCAAUUAAAGUGGUCACCUAUCGCAAAACGCCUAUCGCAAAAAAGUUAUGAAACUCGGAUAUCAAGUUAUAAAGGAGAAAUAAAGACAAUAAUACUAGUAUAUUCCUGUUCCAAAAAGUCAAAAUUCUGAUGAAGAAGUGAAACAUUUUGGCUUAUAAUGUUAGUAACCACGGCGACACUAAUGUCCUCACACGUGAAAGAUAACAAUAGUAUCCUUACUGCGCUCGAUGAAGAUAUGAUUUCUUUGUAAAAGGAAAAAUCCCGGUAUUUCAUCAGUAUCUAUAUAAAAAAAAGUAAUGUCUUCAUCCCACAUAAAACUAAAAUAUAGUUUGUCCCGCGCAGGCAACAAUUCAGUGAUUGUUUCAAGCUUGCUGAGGACAUGCCAUCACUAUUGGUUGGGCAAUAAAUGUUGUUUAAUGGAUUCGUAUAGAAAUACAUGUUAAUCCCACGUUUCUGGAGAGACACUAAUUUCUUUGUUUUUGUUUGUAUAUUAAUUAUUGGUUCAUCAGAGUUACCACACACAUCCACCACAAAAGUACCACCUGCAAGUAAGUAUCCUAUGAAGAUUAAAGUAGAACAGUGGUAAAUUUCUGAUUCUACUUCAAUUUAGAGUCCGCUUAAAAACAAAAAAUUUGGUUUCUCCCAGCAGGGGCACCGAGCACCACAGACGCAGAAACAACACCCAAAAGUAAGUUUCUUCAGGAGGCUCAGAUCACAUUAUGAGCUUAGAGGAGUUUAAAAACAAUGGAAAAUUAUAAAACCGCCAGCCCCAAAAAGCUACCCCGGCUCCAGAGGUCCGUUUUCGAAAUACCAACGAUGAAAUAAACAGUGCUCACCGUUUGAUAAAGCUCCUGAGACGCGAAAUAUCGGGAAUUAGAUAAGAAAGAAAUAACCUCUGGAGUCCCGGGUACCAAAAAGCUGUCGUUGUCGCGGUCGCUAAAUGAAGAGAGCUGGUCGUUUACAAGAGGCUCUAAUUACAGGGCUUUGCCUGGGAACGUUUCAGUGCUUUUGAUACAUAAAAAUUAUAGGUGUUUGGUCACUUACGACAGGUGGUCGCACAUUGAGGUUUGGACAGUGUUCUUUUUUUUUUGUCAGUUUAUGAUAUCAGUCAGAUAACAGUUAACGUCGAAAUAGGCUUCUCUGACGUUAUAUUUUCGGGGCUUCUAGUUGGCCGUGUUUGUCCACUUUUAGUUUAACUCAUUAUGUGCCGGGCACCUGAAGUAAUGUGAUUUCCGUUUUGAAUAAACCGUAAAGAUGGAGAUCACGGGUUAUUCAUGUCCAUACUGUUAACUGCGAUUUCAUGUCACUUCGAUAAUCCAUCUUGGACAAACAUGAUUUCUCAGUUCAAGCGGAUUGAACUCAUAUUGUUACGAUCUUUGUAAAAGUAUCGAUUUCAGUCUCUAAAACACAGGGCUAGAAUUUCAAACUUCAGAAGCUUGGAAUAAAGCCUUAUCAGAUAGCUGGUUUUUGAGACUUUGCAAUCAGAAGGUAGAAAAAGUAUUGAAAACUAUGCAUUUACGAUUACUUUGAGGAAAUCUGUAUUGAAUGAUUGAAAUAAAGGCCUUGAAUACAAAUUUAACACUUCUCAAAUCAGUUCCGGAGUAGUGAUUUUGAACUGCAGUGUAAAGGUUUGAUUUCUCCUCCAAUAUUUUUUUCCAUUUUGUAAGCUAAUUCUCCAAUUGUAAAAUUGUAGAUAUAAGCUUGAAUAUUAUAUUAAGUGAAAUCUUGUUUACUGAGUCUAUUUACAAGUGGUAGAGACUUAGAAUUCAAGAUCAUUUGGUGGAUUAUCUUGCAUUUAAGCUUUUUUAUGCGCAAAAAGCUUAGAUUCAAGUCUCCUCACAAAAACGGCUUAGAUUGGAGUUUUCAAAUUAAGGAAACUCAAAUCUCACAUAGUUGAGUAGCAUUCAUUAUUUCAAUGCUUUUUAUGUUUUCAUCUAAUCAUAUACUUGUAUUGGUACAUUGUGAAUGAAAAUUAUCUCUGUUACUUUUUAAGGGUUGUUUCAAAAGGCUUUAAAGUCAACUGGUUGCUCCAUAUUAGAACUUUAUUAAAAAGUAGAUUAAUUGGUUAAAGAAUUUCCUCAAUUAGUGUGAAAAAAAUGCGUGAAUAGACUAUAAUCGGAGUUGUUAUCGGCAAAAUUAAGUUUUAGGAUCUAAUGGCUUGUUUGCUCUAACAGUCUAAUGAGAACGAGCUUCAAUUUAGAGAUUAGAUUGCCAGAUUGAAAAUUAGGACUUUGGGUUUAAAGAGAUAUUUCGCUUUAUAGAAGACAAUUGAAAUAUAUUUAAUUUGUAGUCAUCUAUUUCGUAUCACUAAUCUAUUUCCUUUUUCAUUGUUUGUAGGGGUGAUGUAGAGUGAACCUGAGCAUCGGAGCAUUGUUGUUAUAGAUAUUAAUAAAGAGAUAAUUGACAGACGUGGCAGCAUGCGACAAAAAAGCUGUUCAUAAUCAGGAUUCAAAAUCCUCUUCUGAUCCACAUCCUUCGUGUAUUGCUUAGUCCAGUAUUGAGGCGCAAAAAGAGAUAAGAUUGAGAACGAAAAUGAUUAAAGGGAGACUGCGAAUAUUUACAAAUUCUUACCCUUUCCUUGUUAGCUUAAAAUAGGGCGUAUUGUUUUAUAAAACACACGUGUCUCUCCUUCUAAGGUAGCCUGUUCUAGGCUCUCAGAUUGUGGGGAUGACGAACACAUGUAAGUGAAAAGCGCGCGAAAAGGAGUUUUGAUGGUGGUGUGCUACUCGAGCGAGAGAUUUCUCAGCUAUCUACUAUAAAGAGUGGAUUGAAACUGGUGCCAUGCAUAACAAGGGGUGGUUUGCAACCAGUACGGAUACCGUUUCGCUAAAAGUAUCUCGAUUCUGCAUGAGUCACUAAAAAUGCAGAAGGGUGAACGCUGGGCCAUGUCAGCCUGAGAAAACAGCCGACAUUUCGCGACGCCACCACUAGUUUCCCCGCGCGAAAUGACGUCUGAGAAACGACUGCAGAAAUGCUUCACUACCCAGAUCUGGGUAGUAAUUCUGACUGGUCGAAGCGUGAAGCACUACCCAGAUCUGUCAUCAGUAUGGGAUUGCUGCAAUCGUUUGUCAGACGUCAUUUCGCGGGAAACCCGAUGGUGAGGUCCCGAAAUGACGGCUGUUUGUUCAGACUAAGGCGGUGCAUGUUAUUUACUUUUUGAGUUUAAAAAUAUUUCAUUUACAGUUCUUUGCCUGACUAAGAAAUUAUUUCUCUUUUUAUGUUUUUUUUUUUUUUGUCAUCGACAGGGAAAAGUUAAAAAUUGCAGUUUGCAGAAUUGACAGUGCGAUGCAGCAGAGUGGUUCACUAAAUCAGCCGCCACCACGCUUUGUAGUUGAUACGCUUAAGCUCAAUGUUAGGUAAGACAAGGAAAACCACUUGUGAACUGUUCAAUUUUGAGAAGCAAAGGAAAUCAAUGCUUUCCUAGGCAAAUGAUGCCUUUGUACAGCAGUGAAAAAGAGGAACAAGGGCAAGCCAGCUUUAUUUGGGACCCUAGUAUAUUAUAAAUCACUGAAUGGGUGUUGGGUACCAAGGCUCUGUGACUACACUUGUACGUUCCAGUUUGUUAGGGCAUACAUUAAUAUUUACACCUAUCCACUAGAGAAGGAUCGCGUUUAUACGUUUACGACCUCAUCGACCCUAUGAUGGUUAAGGGUGAACGGGGAUACAAAGGAAAACCUUUGAGCGCUUGUUUAAUUCAAGUGAUAUUUCACAGCAUAAGUCAACCAUACGUUUUCCUUUCCAGGCACUAAUGGAAGUGGCAUCACAGGAUUGAACUCAGCACUGUCAGCCGUCUAUGAAUUACAAAGUGUCAAUACACCAUUAUUACAAUGUAUCCUAUUAUAGAUACACUGUAAAAAAUAUUUUCAAAUAAAAAUGCUAAGUUUAGUUGAACAUAAUACUUUUUUGCCAAUUACGAUAAGAAGCCUCGUAAAUUUUCAUUUAGGACUCAGCAUCUCGUUGCAGUUUCAAAGGACGACGAGUUAAAUUUUAAAUUUUUACUUGGAAUUUACUCUCAGCAUGUGUGUGACCACAUACGAAUCGUUUAACUGAUUUUUUUACACUGCCGUUCGUGUGUUAAAAGUAAUAAAUUGUGAAUAAAUAAAUAAUAGAAUGCAAUUAGAAUUCGUUGCGAAUUUCCCUUAUGGAAAGUUUUAAGUUCUUCUAAUUUUGUCAAAAUUAACACGGACAUUGAUCUAAACUCGAGUUCUUUUUCUGGUAUUAGCAUUGGCAUCAAAGUAUUUUCUACGAAAGUGUAAGAACGGAAACGUUUCAAAGUUUCUUUCAGUUAACUUCACUAUGAAUGAAAAAGGUUAGGGGACGACAACGGGGGGAGGAACACGUUGGCAAUUUUUCGUAUUUCCCGGGGGUGGGGUACUCCCUAUUAUGACCUAUAAGGAGAAGCUCCGCCCGAAAGAAGUACCUCCUUCUUUAUAAAAUGACGUAUAAAAAGGUAAGAACCUCGGGACUGAGCCUCCCUGUAUACAACUUUGUUCAGUCCAUCCCCCCAAUCCCCCAGGGGAUAACUCCUUGAGCCCGGUUAAAACCUUUCAACUAUGAUAGGUAUUCUCUAUCAGUCUCUUUAGCCUUUGCGGCACGGAUCAUUAUUUGCCGUUUGUUAAAUAGUAACACUUUACUCGAAACAGUACCAAGCUAGGACCAGCCAGAUGGCCUGAAUAAGUUUUACAAAAAAAAUACGCCUCCACACUUAUUCGUAUCGUAUUCGAACUCGAAUCGUUUGAAACACAAAAACACUGAAUAGGUAGCAUCCUUUACAGAGCAUCCGCUGUAUGAUGUCUGAAAUCACAGCAUGGGCGUAGCCAGCUUUUCGAGUAUUUGUAGGCCUGGCUGACUUUCAUUUCCACAUAUUCUGAAAAUUGCACGCAAGACUAAAACGCACUAACCUCAGCAACACUUUGACCUCUUAAAGCUCAUAAGCUCACCUCAACAACGCAUAAUUUAUUACAAGCGGCAAAGUAAUCAAACAAAACAUUUGUAGGCUUGAGCCUACAGGUCUAUGGGCUGGCUGCGCCCCUGCACAGUAUUCGAAAACCUAGUUUUCGUUCAGCCACACCAAACCGAUAAGGAAGCGUUUUCAAGAAAUUCCACUAUGGUAAUCGUUUUCUAAAACGUACAGUUUUGUCGCCCGAAAACUCCGUUUCGUGCGGGUUCCCAGUUUCAAAAAUAACCCGAUACGCGUAGACGGUGCCUAAGGCCCCGUCCACACGUGUCUGUUUUUGCUUGAAAAAGGUUUUUUUUUUUUUUUCUCCACACGUAAUUAGAAGAGUUCAUUAGUUCGUUGAUCAAACCGUUUAUAGGUAACUGGUAAUAUUUGGAAUCAGAGUCUUGACUUUAUAGUAAAUUUUAUUCCUAAUUAUAGAGCAUGUAGGACAUUGACAUCGUCUUCUAUUAGAUUGGGUCCACAAAAAGGGCAAUGCCUAUUAUCCUUCGUAGUUUGAUUGUAUCUACCUAUUUCUAUCAUUAGUUUGUGACUGCUUAUUCGUAGUUUUACUAAAGCCCUUCCCCCAGCUGUUCUAAGUAACUAGAGGGGAUAUGAUUGCUUUUAAAAGAUCUAUAAAAUGCAAGUUUAGGGUGUUUUGCCAAUAUGAGAUAUAUUCCUGUUUCAUUGAACUUACGUAGCUUUUUACCAUAGUUAUAUCUAAUAAAUCAGGGUUAAGGUCAGGAAGCUUAAAGUAUUCUGACAUAUUCAUUGAAUGAGAGUGGAAACUAUUUUUGCGAUUACAGUGUAAGUCAAAUGAGAUCAAAAAAGCUUGUUUAACGAAAGAUUCCUCAUCUUUAGACUGUAUAUACAAAAUGUAUUUGAGAAUUGUUUGAUCGAUAGUGAUCAUCAUCAUCAUCAUCAUCAUCAUCAUCAUCAUCGUCAUCGUCGUCAUCAUCAGCAUCACCAUUAUCAUCACCAUCAUCAUUAUCAUCAGCAUUACACUCUCGAUUGAAAUACGACAAAACGUCUAAAGCAAAUACUUGUGGCUUCGAGGAAAUUAACAUACCUCUUCACGAAAGUAUAUUGGUUUUUUUCUUGAAACAGGAUCUACGAUGACUCGAAGGAUACAUUUUUCCACACAAGACAUCAUGGAGAUGUCUGUAAAUAGCGGAACAUCGAUAGUACCAAGUUUGAAAGAGCACUUGGAGCCAAAAGAUAACAUCAGUGGUGUUUGCACUGACCAGUCUGUCUAUGAUAAUGACGUUAGUGUUUCGGAAGAGGAAUUUUACUAAAAGAUCUCAGCAUGGUUAUCAUAGGUCAAUGGCUGAAGCCUGACUACGCUCUUCCUUGACGAUUUUGUUAGCAUUUUUAGUCUCAACCAUGAAAAUCUGAUAGUGACAUUAGAGUUAAGUUAAAGCAACUAACUACCACAAAAAUUCUUUACGCUAGUCACGUUGCUUCUACUUCAACUUCAACUUCAACUUCAACUUUAUUUCAUAAGACUAUUGGUUACAAUAGACUGGCCCGCAAAAUAGCAAUUGCUAAUCUAGGCGGACCAGUUAAAAGAAAAAUAAAUUGAAAGGAAAAGAAAGGAAAGGAAAAGGAAGGAAAACUACAAUUUUAAGUUACAAUAAAUAAUAUUCUAACAUUUGAAGAGCGCCGUGGCUUUUAUAGCCAGUCACAUUUUAUAACUGUAAUCCAAGAACUCUGAUCGACCACUGACUAUAGUUCGAAUAGAAAAGUUAUUUUUAAUUUGUUUCCAGCUUAGUCAGCAUUGCUUAUAAACGUGUUUUUGUAUAAGAAAAUAUACCCACCCUUCCCCCCUAUCCGGGCACCUCCGGAAAUCGAGCGGACGAGGAAACUGUCUAGAGACCAGAGAAGCGUGAAAUAUCAUGGGAAAGAGAGGAAUAGUGGGCGCGCCCACGAGAUACUGUGUAGGAUUCUUCACUCUGAUCGGGUUAGACUAGUUCUCUAUAAGAUUGAUCAGGUAUAUUAACAAAAAAUUGAAGUGUCAGUGACUUUCGUCAAGAUUUUUACGUAAAUUAGUGCAUUUCUAGAUCUUCAUUUUUCCUUUGUGCGAAUAGGAAAGCAGAUAUCUAGCGCAAAGAUGGAUUUUGCUGGGCAAUUACAUACCUUGAUUUGCUUUAUACGAUAAUUAAGAUGCAAAAAGAACUCGAAAUUCUUCACGUUUUAGUGAAAUAUUAAGGUUUUCUGCAAUCUUUCGGUUAUGCACAAUAAUAAAUCAAUAAAUUAAUAAGUUGAUUUGCAGAGAGUUGAGGUUUAACAAUAACAAAUUAAGGUUGAUAUAUUUCAUUGUAGAUCAACAACUGCCUAUAAUAUUUGACCAUAUGUACCUAAUUUAAAAUGCAAGCAGAACAUGCAAAUAAAGUAUUAUAAUAAUGGCGAAUCAAACUCUUUGUCUUGUUUCUGUUGGUUUGUUUUCUCAAUAAAACCGUUAUUACUUCCAUUUGCUCACUGCGGUGAGAAAUGUGAAGUGGGUUCAAAUCCCAGUGUCCCGAUGCUAUAUUUGGGUUGAGUUUGUUGAUGGUUCUCUAUCUUACUCCUAGAAAUUUUUCUUGGAACUCAAGGACACAUUUCAACGAGCUACUAAGAAUUAAGUCCUAAGUGUUUCGAGGGUAAUUAAGUUAAUUUUUUUUUGAGAAAUCUUUACACAAAAACACGAUAAUAUAACUCGGUUGCUACUUCUAAUAUUUAUCCACCGGAUUCUGAGUGAUCAAUCCUGUGGAAAGUGUUCUUGACUUUUUCAGUGCCACAAUGAGAGAUAUGUUCAAAUAAAGCUCAUGGCUAUGGAAUAUACAAAAAUUAUAAUAUUUUGCGAGAGUCGCUGGCAAAAUUACAAUAAUAUUAGGACACUUAACAUAAUUUUACAAGGCCAUGAACAAAAACAAAACCAUUGAGGACAAUAUCUUGCUAUCUUGACU